CAUGCGCCAGGCGGGACCCUAAACUGAAUCGUAAACAAUGGCGGCCGUGACAGCCAGCAGACCGUACCAUAUCAUCGUCUUCGGCGCCUCCGGCUUCACCGGGCAGUUUGUGGUGGAGGAGGUCGCCCGCUGCGCCGCGGAGAGUCCCGGGGGCAGCUCUCUGAAAUGGGCCGUGGCCGGGAGAAGCAGGCGGCGUCUGGAGGACGUGCUGAAACAAGCCGCGGGGAGGCUGUCCAUGCCUGAGCUGAGGACAGACAUAGAGAUCAUCGUUGCAGACGUGUCUAUUGAGGAGUCGCUGGCCAUCAUGUGCCAACAAGGCGUGGUGAUCCUCAACUGUGUGGGACCAUACAGAUUUUUUGGUGAACCAGUGGUGAAAGCUUGUGUAGAAAAUGGAGCUCACUACAUCGACAUCUGUGGAGAGCCUCAGUUCUUAGAGCGGAUGCAGCUGGAGUACCACAGCAAGGCCUUGGACAGAGGAGUGUAUGUGAUCGGCAGCUGUGGGUUUGACUCCAUACCGGCAGACCUGGGGAUUCUCUACACCCAGAGGCAGUUCAAAGGAACUCUGACAGCAGUUGAGAGCUUCUUGGACAUCAGCAGUGGGCCUCAGGGCUUUUCUGGCCACGAUGCCACCUGGCAGUCUGCGGUGUACGGCUUCUCAGACAGCCGAUCUCUCCGCCAGCUGAGGAAGAAGUUUGGCCACAAGCCGCUGCCCGUGGUGGGAGCCAAAGCCAAGAAGAGGGGUUUUUUGUUUUUCAGCAAGGAGCUGCAGCAGUACGUCAUCCCCUUUAUGGGCUCUGACCCCUCAGUCGUCAGGAGAACCCAGCGUUUCCUUUACGAGGAGGAGCAGCAGUCACCGGUCCAGUACAGCGCCUACGUCGGGGUCGGUGGCCUCUUUUCGGUGUUCAAGCUCCUCUGUGGCGGCCUGCUCUUCUGGUUCAUGGUCAAGUUCAGCCUCGGCAGGAGACUCCUCACUAUGUUUCCAUCGUUCUUCUCCUUCGGUAUGUUCAGCAAGGCCGGUCCCACCAUGAAGCAGAUAGAGGACACCUGUUUCAGCUUAACGUUUUACGGGGACGGAUACUCUGAGGGGACGGAUCCGUCACAGGGACGACCCGACGCCAAGAUCUGCACUCAGGUGAUGGGAGCAGAGCCUGGAUAUGUAGCGACGGUUUCUGCGAUGGUCCAAGCAGCUGUAACCUUACUGAACGAGCUGCACUCUCUGCCCAGGAGGGGAGGAGUUUACUCUCCAGGAUCUGCCUUCUAUAAGACCAGCCUGAUCGAGCGCCUGCACAGCCACGGCAUCAAGUUCUCAGUCAGAAGCUACUAGUGAGCCUCUAACAGCAGCUCUGUGAACAUCUCACCACCCUCCAGCAUGUUGUUUGUCCUCAUGUCUGCUGGAGACGCUGUGACCUUUCAUCCAGACCACACCGCCGUCUUUCCACCACCGGUGUCUCUGGGAAGUCCCUGAACCCUGCAUCUGUUCUUGUUUUAACCGUCACUCUGUCAUUUAUCAGGGGACCACUGAUGCAGAGAGCUUCGUAGUUUGAUCAAGGACUCUUCAGAAAACACAGGCCGGCCUUCACAAGCUCCUCUUUCUAAGACGACAUGUUUCAAUCUGGGAAAAUUCAAAAGCUUACUCAACGUUCUGAGGACGAAUGAUGCUCAUUUCUAGAUUCAGUUCAUAAAACACUACAGAGCUAGCCUAGCCAUGCUACACCCAUGUUUCUGACGGCACCAGGGUCUAGGGAAGCUCGACAGGGAGGGAGGCGGGCUAAAAGGUUGUCUAUCAAAUCACUCUGCAGCAAUUGGGUAGGUAUACAACCAAUCAACGCAACGAAUAGGCUGACGUAGUUCCGAGAGCACCGGCGGAUUGUGGCUAAGUCCCAUUAGCUUCCCAACCAGCGGAGCCAACUGGUAUAUUAAGGAUUUGCCAUAUCCCGUCGGCAUAAGUCCAAAUGCGUCUUUCUUCUCAAUGAAACACUUCAGUGCCGUCCUUUGUUUAUCUUUAAAGUUGAAUUUUAGCUUCAAAUCUUUAAGGGCUGUGGCCAAAGCCGAGUCCAAAGAUAACUGUUUAUUGUUUCCGGUUGUUUCUGUCAGAAUCGUCGCGCCUCUGUCGUCACUUAGUUACGCCCGCCUUCUGACUCUACACUUCAUGGUGAUUGGUCCGGCCAGUUUUAGGAGCAUCCAGCCUCGAGCCUUAUGGAGGGUAACUAGACCCACCCUGGCAGAGAAUUAAAUUCGUUGCCGUGGGUUGUCUAGCGCGGCUAGGCUACUACAGAGCUAUUUACAGAUUAAAUUCUGAACUUUACAGUUGAGAAAAUAACCCAAGUUUUUAAAAAUGAAAUGAAUGAAUUCUAGAAAACCCCAAAAGUCUAGCACUAAUACACUGAAGCUGCUUUAGAGUGUUGAUUUAAGUACAUUUAUUUCAUUGUAUGCUUCAUAAAUUAUCCAGAUGUGCACUACAGUCUGUGUUAACUGUCUGCAUGAGACUUUAAGCUGUUCUAUUCACAGGGAUGUGCUCAUUUACUGCAUUUAUCUACAGCCAGAAUGUGUCAUUUAAGAUAAGUUAGUGGGAGAAACACAGCCGUGUAAAUCCUAAAACAAUGAUCAGUUCUGCUUCAGUUUCUGCUGCAUAGAUGAGUUUUAGAUGUUUUACCAAAAUGAGAAGAAUUGAGAAUCAAAAAUAAACACUUUUUUUAAACAGG